AAUAUAAUGUAUUAUGCAUACAUUAAGAUUUAAAGCCAGUUUUAUUCCGAAGGCCGUGACAAGCUAAGAGCUAUCGCUAAUGCUAAACUGUAUUUUAGCUCGGUUAGCGAACAAUGCCUACCUACUUAAAAUCGAGCUAACUUACUGGAGUUUGCCUCUUGAGUUAACGUUAGCUGUCAGCUUUUCUGUCGGGCUCACUACUACUACUCGGUAGAUCUAGCAAGCAGUGGCAACUAGCUUUAAGUAAAACGCAGAGAUAGUUUUAAGGAGCUCAUGCUUCAUUCAUAAAGUUGCUUGAUAAGCAAAGGAUGUCUAAUAAAGAAGUGAAAACUGCACUGAAAAGUGCCAGAGAGGCCAUUAAAAACAAAGACUUCAAAGAGGCACUAAAACACUGCAAGGCCGUUUUGAAGCUUGAGAAGAACAAUUAUAAUGCGUGGGUAUUCAUCGGGUUGGCAGCCAGUGAACUCGAGCAACCAGACCAGUCACAGUCAGCCUAUAAAAAGGCAACCGAGCUGGAGCCUGACCAGCUGCUGGCAUGGCAGGGCCUAGCAAAUCUUUAUGAGAAGACUGAUCAGUGGGAUUUCAAAGCUGAGCUACCUAACAUCUAUCAGAAGCUUGUUAAUUUGUAUGCAAGUUCAGACAAAAACAAAUGUUAUGAGGUGAUUAAAAAGCUGUCAGAUAUUUAUAAGUCUGACAAAGAAUAUUUCAAGUUGGCAAAGGUUUGGUUGCAGCUCAUUCAGCUUAAGGAGGAAGAACCUGCAGACAAAAAAGAGUUACUGUUGCUGUGGCAACAGAUGACCCAGCACAUCUCGGACUGUCUUAAUGAGGAAGAGCAGGACAAUGAAACUCAACAGCAUUUAAUUACAGCCUUUGAAAAGGCCAUGGUUCUUGUGGAUCCUGUACCAGGGGAGGAACACCAGAAGAUCUCAACUGACUAUAUUAAAUGUCUCUCCAAACUGCCACAAGAAAAAGCCAAACUGAAAGAGGCAUGUGAGUCCAUGCUUUCUCUCUACCCCAACCAAAGUUAUCCUCUUGAAGUCCUUUGUUCUCAUUACCUCACAGUAGGUAUCCUGAAUGAAGAUGCAGUUAGUUUUUUCUCCCGACUUUUGGAUCGGGCCCCUGACAGUGGGUUAGGUCACUUGGGUCUGGGCACCAAAGCACUCCAAGAAGGAAGGUAUGAAGAUGCGAUUAAGGAUCUUGCACAAGGGUUGAAGAAAAAGUGCUGCAGUACAGGAUGGCACAAUCUGGCUGAAGCUCAGUUUAAAGUGCACAGAUACUCACACAGUGCUACAUCAUGCUCCCAAGGUCUGACAGCUUGUGCCUCUGGAGACGGUGAGAUGAGGGUCAAACUGCUUAGGCUGAAGCUAGAGACUUUAGUCAGAAGUGGAGGAGAGAAGGCUGCAGACCAAGCUUUGGAGACAUUUUCUCAGAUUCCAGAUGCUGAAAAAGACCCAAUUUUAGUAUCCCUUAAAGGACGUGCAUACCUUAACAAAGGACAGAUUGAAGAAGCACUUAAGGUGUCAUCAGAGCUGUUGAUCUCCAACCCAAAUCUGGCCCAGGCGCUGGUACUGAGGGGACAGGCACACUUAGUUCAAGGCCAACAGCAGCUGGCAGAACAGAGUUUUCUAAAGGCAGCUAGCCAGAGCCCAGGCUGUGGAGAAUAUUAUUUCUUGCUGGGACGGCUCUACUGGGACAUGGGAGAAGAGACUCGUAAAGACCGGGGUAAAGCCCAUACACACCUAUUAAAGGCAGCAAAAUUAGACCCACAUCUUGGCUGUGUAUUUCGCUACCUUGGGCAUUAUUACCGGGAGGUGGCAAAUGAUCGUGGCCGUGCACGUGGCUGCUAUAAGAAGGCCUUUGAGUUGGACAAUGAUGAUGCAGAGUCUGGAGCUGCCUCGGUAGAUCUCAGUAUGGAGCAAGAGGAUAUGGACACUGCCUUAGCAAUACUUCAGUCUGUGAUAGUUAAAGCUACUCCAGGCUCAGCCAAAUGGGCCUGGAUGAGAAGAGGCCUUUAUUACCUGAAGAUCGGAGCACAUCAACAGGCCAUAGCUGAUCUACAAGCAGCUCUGAGAGCAGACCCCGAAGACUGGGUGUGUUGGGAGUGUUUAGGUGAGGCCUACCUAAAUCGCCGGAGUUUCACAGCAGCUCUAAAGGCCUUUGGUAAGGCCCAUCAGCUUCAACCCUCAUCCAUCUACAGUGUCUACCAGGCUGCUGCAAUCAAACAGACCCUGGGCAAAUUCAAAGAGGCAGUUGCAGAGUACAUGCAGAUAACGGCACAGCAGGACUAUGUUCCUGCUCUUAAAGGUCUUGGGGAGUGCCAGCUGUCUCUGGCAAAAAGUUUAAUGGAGGACUGCAGAGAUGGAGGAGCAAUUGACCUCAUUCAGCAAGCCAUACAAAAUCUAUUCAGAGCGGUGGAACUGCACCCAGAUCUGUCCUGUUUGUGGAAGCUGCUAGGAGAUGCUUGUACCACAGUUAGCACUGUGUCAUCAAACAGAGCCAAGGUUCUUGUGCCUGCCCCACUCUCUGGUUUAGACCACAACGUCAGGAGCCACAUUCUGAACCAGGCCCAGAUACUCAAAGUUGGAGAGAGAUGCUAUGCUCAUGCAUUGAAGUUGAUGCCUGACAUCCCCAGCCUUUGGUAUGAUCUGGGACUCAACUAUCACCGCCAGGCUUGCCUACCUUGCCCUACAGAGGGAGACCAGAGCUCUCGGUCUCUGCUCCUAGAAAAGGCCCAGCAGUGUUUGAAAAAGGCUAUCAUGAUGGACAGUGGGAACCACAGCUACUGGAACACCCUGGGAGUGGUUUCCCUGAACAAAGGUCUUGAAAACUUUGCUCUGGCUCAACAUAGCUUCAUCAAGUCAAUACAAGUUGAGCCAAAUAAUGUUGUUGCCUGGACAAACCUUGGUACCCUGUAUUUGAAAAAGGGCAAUAUAGAGCUUGCACAUGAAGCCUUCAAGAUUGCCCAGUCCUUGGAGCCUCUGUAUGUCAACUGCUGGAUCGGACAGGCACUGAUAGCAGAGAGAGUGGGAAGCUAUGACACUAUGGAUCUUUUCAGGCACACCACUGAACUCAGUACACACAUGGAGGGAGUGAAAGGUUACGCUUACUGGGUGUGUUCCACUCUGCUGGAUAAGAGCAACAGAGAUUCUGAACUGUAUCGCUACAAUAUAGUGCAGAUGAAUGCCAUCUCUGCUGCUCAGGUGGCACUCAGCAAGUACACAGAGAGGAUCCAGUCUGACCCUGAUGCCUUCAUUAUGCUGGGCUACCUGAAUGAGCAUCUGCAGCUGAAGAGGCAGGCCGUACAGGCUUACCAAAGAGCUGUUGAACUGCUUCAGGCCAUGUCCGCGACAGAAGUUCUAGAAUUUGCUGUAGGCUGCUAUGGUCGUGCUUUAUGCACCUCAGGCCAGUGGGAGGAGGCUGUGCGUGUUUAUAAUUCUACUUCACUGCAGGAGCUCAGUGAUUUGGGUGGGCUGGCUCUGGCAUACUGCAGGGCAGGACUCAUCCUGGACUGCAUCAAUGCCUAUGAACGUGCCUUGGCGGUGGCUUCGACUGAGAAGGAGAAGGCUUACAUCUUGACAGCUCUGGCUCUGCUGCAGCACCGGCAAGGCAACCUAGACUCAGCCAAGACUCUGCUGUUUAAAUGCUCUGUGUUAAAUAACCCAGUUCCAGAGUCUCUGCUGUGUCUGUGUGCCCUGGGAUUGGUCCAUGGUGAUGUUACGUUAGCUGCUGCUGCCCUAACUGAGCUUCUGAAGCACAGCUCAGCCUCUGUGAGUGUUGUAGAGCAGCGAUGUCUACUCACCUGCACGUUGCUGGCCCUGCAGGGCAACUACAGUGCAGUGCAGAGAGAGGCUUCCAGAGCUGUACACAGCAAUCCUGGAAACCCAUCUCUGUGGGCCCUGCUGUCCAGAGUGGUACCGCAAUACUACCCUAGAAAGGCAAAUGGUGGAGCAAUGGCUGGCCAUGUCGCCUGUCUCUCUAGUAUGACCCAAGGAAAGAGGGCAUUGUUGUACAGUGGUGUGAAUCAGCUUGCUAGUGGGAGACACUCUGGAGAAGACAGUCACAGAAAUUCACUGAAGACUAUGCAGAGAGCUGUGCUGCUCUGUCCUGAUGAUCCGGCGACUUGGGCUGGAUUAAUGGCUGCCUGUCACACUGAAAACACUUCCUGUUAUCUUUCUGGUUCAGCUCCUUGCAGACAAAGACUGGAGCAAAUUCUCAUGUCAGUGGUUUCUGAGAAAGUGCGCAGUAUGGAGGAGAUAGAGCACUCUUUAGCCCAGAGUCUGGAAACCUGGGUAUUACAACAGGCAGUGACUGGUCUCAUGCUUGAAGGGCAGCUGGAGCAAGCAGAAGCCCUCUGCACACAGGUACUGAAUGUUUCUGCAGAUAACCCAGCAGUGAUGCUGUCACUGAGACAAGUGCAGUGUCAGCGCCUCCUUUUGGCCAGUGGUGGCACCAUCCUCCCAGACUCUGUGCUGGAGCAGCUCAACAACACAGUGUUAAUGAACUCCACCAACAUUGGCGCAUGGCAUUGGCUGGCUGAGCUUUAUCGUAGUCAGGGUCUCCUGGUCCAGGCGGUUAUGGCUUAUAGACAGAGUUUGCAGCUUGCCUCACAACUUGGCCGGCACAGCAGCCAGAUGUCCAGUCUACUCCGACUAGCCCUGCUCGCCCUAGGACCCUGUAUGGCAGGUGUACCAGGAAAUGACUGGAAGAACCUGGUUCAAGAAGCCACUACUGAGGUUUUGAAGCUGGGCUCAUCCCCAGUAGCCCAUCUCUUCCAGGCCCUGCUCCAGUAUGUGACCAAGAUGGCAGCUAGGGAAACAAGACGUUUGUUGGAGAAGCUCGUGUAUGUUCCCUCUCUAGACGUCCCAGUGACAGUGGUGCAGGUGGCCAGCUGGUACCUCCUCAGACACUUGCAUGCCAAAAAUGAUGAGGAGCUAAUAAAUGUCCUUUUGCAGCAUGCCAAAAUGAAUGGAGAUCAAAGACUGCUGGAGUUCCAUUCACUGCUUGCCUCUUAAUCCUGAGAUUUGCAAAUCUACAAAUGCAUCCGUAUGAAACCAUUCAGCUUGGCAGGUUUAUCCACAACCUCAAGUUACUGGCGAUUCAGGCAUUCUGGAUAUUUUAACCAAAUGUAAAAUCAAAUUGAGCUUUAUGGGAUAUCAUAAAUAUGACAUUUAUUAACUUUACAUACAUUUUCGGUUUUACGUUAUAAAACAGGGGUUUUCAACCAGUGUUUUGUGGCCCCCUGGUGGUCAAUGAAGGCGUAGCAGGUGGUCCCUGACCAUGUAUUCAGUAAUGUUGUUUCACUGUGGACACAAAUUUAUCUUUUAAAACUAAUUUCUGUGUAUUAUUGCUGUUUGCGAGUAAUCAAACUAUGCAAAUAUAUAAUAUUUUGAAAAGUCAAGAUGCUUUUCAGUAUUAGUGUCCAUCUGGUCUGGCCACCCCACAGCAAUGGUCCUCAAGUUUUUUCUUAAUUGAAAUGGUGGCCUCUGGGAUACAAUCAGUAGAAACCCCCUGUUAUGAAGUGUUGAGGAAAUCAGAUCCAUCCAAAACAAACUCAUGAGUAUAACUGCAUAUUUCAGUGUGUGUUACAUAAGGUAGCCACUGUUUACCUUCAGGCUGAAAUAAAUGCAUUUAUAAUCAGUA